AUGAGCCAAAAUGACACAGUGAGCAAAAUUACCAACGAAGAUGAAUCGGACAAAAAUAAUAGUCAGGAGAAUGAAAACAAACACAAUUUAAACCAUUCAGGUUCUCCAAAAGAUUCAAGUGAUUCAAGUGAUUCAAGCAAUGAAAGUUUUUGGAUUUUAAGCUCGACUGAUGAAGAUAAUGAAAAUAUUAAUAACAAUAUUAAUAACAAUAAUGAAAAUGAAGAGAAAAAUAAAGGUGUAAAUAUAGAGAUUAAAGAAAGAACUUUUGCAGAAAUCGAUAAAACUGCGAAUCAAAACCUUUCAUUAAUUGACAAUAAUUCUCGCACUGUUUCUAAUGAAAAAUUUCAGGUAAUUAGUGCUGAAGAUAUCAAUAAAACUAUUACUAAAAGGCCGAGAGGAAGACCAAGAGGAAUAAAAAAAAAGCAAAAUAAAGUUAAUAAAAGUGGUAAGAAACGAGGAAGACCCAAAAAGAAUUUAAAUCUAGUGGUUGAUUCAGAAAAGAAUUCCAAUUGUAUCGAUGAAAAUAAAGUAAAUAGCCAAACUUCAGAAGCGAAUAAAAAUUUUGCUGGAUAUGAUACAACCACUAUGACAGAGGAAAGUAUAUAUAUCAGUGAAUCAAAUGAAAGCUCAAAUUCUAGUUUUAAUUCUAGCGAUAUUGAGUUGAUUUCAGCUAAAAAAAUUUCUCCAAUUGUUGAAACUGUGACUGAAGCAAGAGGACGACCAAGAAAAAAUAUAAUCUUUUUUUACAAUGACUCAAAUGAAAACACAAACAAGGAUUCCAAAAAGAAAAAAAGAGGAAGACCAAAAAAAACCAAACCAGGUUUAUUGGAUAAUAAUGAUAAGAGUAAAAAUGAUAUUGAAGAUAGAGACAAAUUUAUUUUGGAACUCAGUCUUAGUGAUAUCACACCUGGAGAUGAUGAUUCAUCUGAUAAUCAUAAAACUAAAUAUUUCAAAGAUUUACUGGUUCCAAUUGUCAAAAGAGGCAAAGGAAGACCCAAAAAACAAAGAGAUGUUACGCCAAAUAACUUAGAAAGAAGAACAAGGCAUAUUUUUGCGGACAAAACAGAAACCAUUAUCAAUGGCAAUGUCAAUAGUAAUGGUAAUGUUAAUGAUGAUUAUAUAAGUGAUGAAAUUAAAUUGGUUAGGCCGAGGGGAAGACCUAGAAAACAUUUCAAUGGUUCAAACAAAGAUACUCUCAAAAAACCACAUAAAGUGAAUGGAAAACUAGGAAUUUUAAAAAUGAUUUCAAAGGAAAUUACAGGCACAAGAAGAAGAGGAAGACCAAGAAAGAUACUAUCGAAUACAAUAUUAAACAGCGUUGAUGUCAGCAGGAUUCCAACCAAAAGAGGUAGGGGCAGACCAAGAAAAUUGGUUGGUCAAGAGAAAAUAACAUUUACUAUAAAUCCUAUUGGAAAUGGCAUGUACUCUAAAGAAGAAAUAAUAAAUUCCUUGAACAAACUAGAUGAUCAUUUUGCGUCAUCGAGGGUCAGAGGAAUAAUUAAGCCUUCUGAGUACGAUUCUGGAUCAGAUUCAGAUUUUGAAGAGAUUACUUUUAAGACAACCAAAAAGGAUUGA